CCACUACUGACGGCGCAGCAGCUAGCCUCAGCUGUCGCAGGGGUGAUGCCAGGAGGCACGCCAGCACUGAAUCAACCUAUCCUUAUUCCUUUCAACAUGGCGGGUCAGUUGGGGGGCCAGCAAGGACUGGUCUUGACUUUGCCUACCGCUAAUCUCACCAACAUCCAAGGGCUGGUGGCCGCAGCUGCAGCAGGAGGCAUCAUGACUUUGCCGUUGCAAAAUCUACAAG